UCCAAUCUACUCUGGGUUCCGUAGACAAGGAAGAUCGGACAUAAACAUAAACAUUUCCUGAUACACCGUGGUAUCAAAUAAAUUUUCUGUGCAAGUACAGUAUAUCGAUUGCGUUGAAAAUAUUGAAUCGCUUUAAUUUCUUCUUAAAACCGAGUUAUUGUGCAUGUUUUACGUUUCUUAGCGUGGCGCUUUUGCGGCAUUAGCGUGUAGCAUAUUGAAAGAGAAAUGGACACGAGAGCCUUGAAGAAUCCCUAUCCUGACUAUACCCCAGAGCACACGCAGUCGCUUUUUGACUCCCAUGGCAAGUUGACGUCUGCGUUUGCUAAGCGCUUAAGCAGCAAGAUCGACGAGCUUUUGGCUGUCAUGGAGAACGGGCUCAAGGCUGCCGACCCAAAAGAUUGCACCACUUACACAGGAUGGGCAGGCAUUGCAUUGCUCUACCUGCACAUCCACCGUAUCUUCAAACAACCAGCAUUCCUCCAGAAGGCGCUGGAACACAUCAGCCGCAGUCUGAAGUACCUGACUCGCCGCCAUGAUGUCACUUUCCUUUGUGGUGACGCGGGGCCGCUAGCUGUGGCGGCUGUCAUCUACCACCAACUGCAAAUGCCAGGAGAGGCCGACGAAUGCAUCAGCAGGCUGCUGCAGUAUCACGAGACAGUUAUGAAAGGUUCCGGCGGGUUGCCUGACGAGCUCCUCUACGGUCGGGUGGGUUACCUCUAUUCUCUCGUCUUUGUCAACCAGCAGCUCGGUACGGACAGAAUUCCCUUGCAGCACAUCCGGCAGAUCAGUGAGGCCAUCCUGGCAUCAGGCGAGCGCCUCAGUAAGAAGUGUCGUGUCCAGGAUCAAAGCCCCCUGAUGUACGAGUGGUACAAUGAACGAUAUGUCGGCGCCGCCCACGGAUUGGCCGGCAUCUAUUACUUCCUCAUGCAGGCUGGGUUUGUCGCGGCUGAGGAGAACGUUGGCAGGAUGGUCAAACCCAGCGUGGACUAUGUCCGCCAUCUCAAGUUCCCCUCUGGGAACUACCCUCCCUGUAUCGGAGAUGAUCGUGACCUGCUGGUGCACUGGUGUCACGGAUCCCCGGGCGUCAUCUACAUGCUCCUGCAGGCGCAUAAGGUGUUUGGUGAGUCUCCGUACCUGGAGGAUGCCCUGCAGUGUGGCGAGGUUGUGUGGCGCUGGGGAUUGCUGAAGAAAGGCUACGGCUUGUGUCACGGCGCGGCAGGCAAUGCGUACACCUUCCUGGCUCUGUACCGUCACACGCAGGACCCCAAGCACCUUUACCGAGCCUGCAUGUUUGCAGAUUGGUGUAUGAACUAUGGCUCACAUGGCUGCAGGACACCAGAUACCCCCUUCUCACUUUUUGAAGGCAUGGCAGGUACCAUCUACUUUUUGGCCGACCUCCUGCAGCCAACGCAAGCACGGUUCCCAGCCUUCGAGGUUUGAUUGAUUUGCCCCCCCCCCCCCCCCCCACACAACCUCAAGCCAACAGGUUGAUGUCCAACAAGACCAGAUGUGUCAUUGCAACUCACUUUCCUUCCAUUAAAAAAAUCACCUCAUCAUAGUCCAAACAAAAAUUAUAUAUUGCUCUUUAUUAUUUUUGGGGCUAACAGUUUGGGUGGACUAACCAUUUAGUAUUCAUGCUGUCAUAAAUGGAUCCUUUGCACUGUCUGAGUAAUAAAUAAGUGAUUUCUCACAGCAA